CUGCGGAGACUCAGUCAUGACAGGUGAACUGCUCCUGCUUUCAAGUGUGAUUUUCCUGCUCCAGGUGGUGUGUGGCUGCCCAGAGAAGUGCCGCUGUCACUCAUCCUCAAACUCUGUAGACUGCAGCCGGCAGGGUCUGGCUGAAAUCCCUUCCAACUUGCCUCUUCAAACUCUAACACUACAUUUACAAGAUAACCAGAUACACCAGCUUCCUGCUUUUGCAUUUAGGUCAGUGCCACAGCUCACGACCUUGAACUUGUGUAACAAUUCCCUUUCAAAUCUGGCCCCUGGAGCUUUCCAUGGGCUUCAGCACUUACAAGUCUUAAACUUAACCCAGAACUCCCUGCAUUCCCUGGAAAGCAGACUUUUCCAUUCCCUCCCACAGCUGAGGGAGCUUGAUUUGUCAUCAAACAACAUAAACCACCUUCCCACAUCCCUGGGUCAGCGUUGGGAGAACCUAACCAUGUUUUCAGUCCAACAAAACCAGCUUCAGCAGCUCGAUCGCGCGCUCCUAGAAUCCAUGCCCAGUGUGAAGCUACUACUUCUCAAGGACAACCUCUGGAAAUGCAACUGCCACUUGCUUGGUCUUAAACUCUGGCUGGAGAAAUUUAUCUAUAAAGGGGGAAUAGUGGACAGUGUCAUCUGUGCAUCACCGGACACUUGGAAGGGACAGGACCUCCUUAAAAUCCCUCAUGAGCUGUAUAAGCCCUGCCCUUUUCCAUCUCUAGAUCUGGAGCCCUCACAGGUGCAGCAGCCAGGUUCUGCCCACCAGGCUGACCCAAGGCCUCCUGGGAGCUACAGCACUGGGGAGCGAGACCACUCGGAGUGUGAGCUCAAACCCAAGCCCAGGCUGGCCAAUCUGCGUCAUGCCGUGGCCACUGUCAUCAUCACUGGGGUUUUGUGUGGGAUUAUGUGUCUCUUGAUGUUGGCGGCCGCCAUCUAUGGCUGCACCUACGCAGCUAUUACAGCCCAACAGCACGGAGGACCUUUGGUUCAAACUAAUGAGUCUGCAAAGGCAGAAGGAAAAGAGGCAUUUGACAGCUCACCAGCCUGAGAGCUUGCAUCUCAAAUAGAAAGAAUCACUUUAGGCCAGAAGA